GUGCUUCUCUAGCUGUGUCUCUGAGCUUUUUCUUUUACAUCCCUACCCGCCUCAGGGAAUUGAGCUGCCAACAUGUCCAAGCCUCUGUCCGACCAUGAUAGGAAGAAACAGAUUUCAGUGAGGGGCCUUGCUGGCGUUGAGAACGUCACAGAUCUGAAGCUGAACUUCAACAGACAUCUUCACUUCACGCUGGUUAAGGACAGGAAUGUGGCCACCAAACGGGAUUACUACUUUGCUCUUGCCCACACGGUGCGAGACCACUUGGUGGGCAGGUGGAUCAGAACCCAGCAGCACUACUAUGAAAAAGACCCCAAACGUGUCUACUACAUCUCCCUGGAGUUCUACAUGGGCCGCACACUCCAAAAUACCAUGGUCAACCUUGCACUGGAGAACGCCUGUGAUGAGGCCAUGUACCAGAUGGGUCUGGACAUGGAGGAGUUAGAGGAGAUGGAGGAAGAUGCUGGACUGGGUAAUGGAGGCCUGGGUCGUCUUGCUGCCUGUUUCCUGGACUCAAUGGCAUCACUGGGUCUGGCUGCAUAUGGUUAUGGCAUUCGUUAUGAAUUCGGCAUCUUCAACCAAAAAAUCCUCAAUGGAUGGCAGGUGGAGGAGGCCGAUGACUGGCUGCGCUAUGGCAACCCCUGGGAGAAAGCUCGACCAGAGUACACUCGCCCGGUUCACUUUUAUGGCAGAACUGAGCAUCACCCCGAUGGUGUCAAAUGGGUGGACACUCAGGUAGUCCUGGCUCUGCCGUAUGACACGCCUGUGCCUGGCUACAGAAACAACGUUGUGAACACCAUGAGGCUAUGGUCUGCUAAAGCUCCUUGCGAGUUCAACCUUAAAGACUUCAAUGUUGGUGGCUACAUUCAAGCUGUUUUGGACAGGAACUUGGCUGAGAACAUUUCUCGUGUGCUUUACCCCAACGACAAUUUCUUUGAAGGAAAGGAGCUCCGUCUGAAGCAGGAAUACUUCGUGGUGUCUGCCACCCUGCAAGACAUCAUCCGUCGUUUCAAGGUCUCCAAGUUUGGCUCGAGGGAGAUCGCUCGCACUGACUUCAGCAAACUGCCUGACAAGGUUGCAAUCCAACUAAAUGACACCCACCCUGCAAUGGCUAUUCCUGAGCUGAUGAGAGUUCUUGUUGAUGAAGAGAAGCUGGCUUGGGAACAGGCCUGGGAUAUUUGUGUGAGGACCUGUGCCUACACCAACCACACAGUCCUUCCAGAAGCUCUGGAGCGCUGGCCAGUAGACCUGUUUGCCCACCUGCUGCCCCGUCACCUGGAAAUAGUCUAUGAGAUCAACCGUCGCCACCUGGAGAAAGUUGCUGCCAAGUUUCCAGGAGACCAUGAUCGUCUUCGCCGGAUGUCGCUGAUUGAGGAGGGUGGGCAGAAGAGGAUUAACAUGGCCCAUUUGUGCAUCGUUGGUGCUCACGCUGUUAACGGUGUAGCCCAGAUCCACUCUGAUAUCCUGAAAGCUACGAUCUUUAAGGACUUCUAUGAAAUGGAGCCCCACAAGUUCCAAAAUAAGACGAACGGCAUCACCCCUCGCCGCUGGCUGGUCAUGUGCAAUCCCGGGCUGGCUGAGGUCAUUGCAGAGUACCUCGGGCAAAGAGCCAUAUCAUCCAGGUUCAAGGUCUUUGCUGAUUAUGAAGACUACAUCAAAUGCCAGGAGAAAGUCAAUGCUCUGUACAAGAACCCCAAGGAAUGGACCAAGAAGGUGAUCUACAACAUUGCUGGAUGUGGCAAGUUCUCCAGUGAUCGCACCAUUGCCCAGUAUGCUCGUGAGAUCUGGGGCAUGGAGCCCACGCUUGAGAAACUGCCUGCCCCUGAUGAUAAGCAAUAAACUCUUCAUGAAAGCCAACACAUAUACAGCUUCUCACCCUGCCUGUGAUACCUUAUGAAACUGAAAUUGUUGGAUCUAUAAUGUCAGGCAAGAAGCCCCCACAAGCUUGCAUCCACAGAAAAUUAAAGCCUUGGAGAGUUUACAUUUCUUCUUACCUCCAUAUUAUCAAUCCAGAUUAGAUGCUGAUGAAGGAAAACUCUUGCAGUUUGAUUUGGAGACGUAGGAGUUGGUGUGUAUUUGAUGUAAAGUGGAUUGGAAAAGCUUUGUGGUGGGCUUUGUAUAUUUUAUGCAGAUUUUUUUUUAUUAAUAAAAAUAGUUCCUGUUGUAUAUCCACUUGGACUCAUUCUAAAUAAAAUUUGUCUUAAA